AUGGCGAAGAAAGCGAGAAUUGUGAUAAUCGGAGCCGGAAUGGCCGGUCUCACGGCGGCGAACAAGCUCUACACGAGCUCCAACAACACGUUCGAGCUCUCCGUCGUAGAGGGCGGCUCCCGAAUCGGCGGGAGGAUCAACACCUCCGAGUUCUCCGCCGACAAGAUUGAGAUGGGCGCCACGUGGAUCCACGGAAUCGGCGGGAGCCCUGUUUACAAAAUCGCGAAGGAGACGGGCUCUCUGGUCUCCGACGAGCCGUGGGAGUGUAUGGAUUCCACCAUUGAUAAAGCCAGGACCUUCGCUGAAGGUGGGUUCGAGAUCGAGCCUUCCAUUGUCGAACCCAUCUCCGGAUUGUUCAAUGCUCUCAUGGAAUUGGCUCAGGGGAAAGAGAUCUCUCAAACCGACGGCGAUUCGGCUGAUAUUCACGAAAUUGCCACUAGGUUUUUCUCUGCCCGUAACGGGUUCGACGGAAAAAGUGUCGGGUCGUUCCUGAAAUCCGGGUUCGAUGCUUACUGGGAUUCAAUCAGCAAUGGAGGAGAGAACGGAGUCAAUGGUUAUGGAAAAUGGAGCAGAAAAUCGCUGGAAGAAGCCAUUUUUACAAUGUUUAGCAACACGCAGAGGACUUACACAUCCGCCGAUGACCUCUCGACGCUGGAUUACGCGGCGGAGAGCGAGUACCAGAUGUUUCCCGGCGAGGAAAUCACCAUAGCCAAAGGCUAUCUCAGCGUUAUCCAUCAUCUGGCCUCUGUUCUUCCUCAGGGUCUUAUCCAAUUGAAUCGAAGAGUCACGAAGAUCGAGUGGCAGAGCAACGAAGAUAAUCGUCCUGUGAAGCUGCAUUUCUCAGAUGGGUCUGUUGUUUCCGCAGAUCAUGUUAUCGUCACCGUCUCUUUAGGAGUGCUUAAAGCAGGGAUUGAAGGAGGAUUGUUCAGUCCUCCUUUGCCUGGUUUCAAAUCCGACGCCAUUAAAAGUCUAGGAUUCGGAGUUGUCAACAAGCUGUUCGUCGAAAUGUCUCAGAGAAACUUACCGUCUCUGCAGCUUGUGUUUGACCGCGAGGAUUCGGAGUUUAGGUUUGUGAAAAUCCCGUGGUGGAUGAGAAGAACGGCGACGAUGACCCCAAUCCACAGCAACUCAAGGGUCUUGCUUUCUUGGUUUGCAGGCAAAGAAGCUCUCGAGCUCGAGAAGCUAACCGAUGAUGAGAUUGUUGACGGUGUCUUGACCACUGUCGCUUGCUUGACAGGCAAGGAAGUGAAGAAAGACACUGCGGAAAGUCCCUUGAUCAAUGGCUCUUUGAAUGAGGAUGAUGGUGAAGUCAUGAAAAUCACAAAGGUCUUGAAGAGCAAAUGGGGAAGUGAUCCUCUGUUCCGUGGCUCGUACUCCUAUGUGGCGGUCGGAUCAAGCGGGGAUGACCUAGACGCCAUGGCUGAGCCAUUGCCGAAGAUCAACAAGAAGAGUGGUCAGGUCAAUGGUCAGGUCAAUGGUCAGGUCAAUGGUCAGGUCAAUGGUCAGGUGAAUGGUCAGGUGAAUGGUCAUGAUGAAGACAAGGUUCAUGAGCUUCAAGUCAUGUUUGCAGGGGAAGCAACACAUAGAACCCAUUACUCCACGACUCAUGGUGCUUACUAUAGUGGCUUAAGGGAAGCCAAUAGGCUUCUCAAGCAUUACAAAUGUGAUUUUUGA